GGAGAACCCACCCACUUUCCUUCUUCCUCUCUAAUCUCAUCCCAAAUGGAUUCUUCUUCCCUUGGCUCUCCCCCCAAAUGUCCACCCCCACUCCCUCCUCUCCCAACUACCUCACCAACCUAGGCCUUGGUUACUCCAUCGCCAUCGCCCUUGGCUGCCUCGUCCUCCUCUCCACCAUCCUUCUUGCCUCUUACAUCUGCUGCCGCUCCUCCCCCUCUCGCUCCCCUUCCCACAACCCCACCGCCGCUUCCUCCUCCGAUGGGAUCGUUCUCCCGAGGAUUAUUUUUGUUGCCGAAGAUGACGACCAGGAAAACGUCGUCGUUGGACUGAACCAGGCAGUCAUAAAUUCGUACCCUAAGUUUCAGUUCAGUAAAGAUCAGGCGGCUGCUGGUUCCAGCUGCGGGAGUAACGGGAACACCACAUGCUCCAUUUGUCUGUGCGAGUACAGGGAUUUGGAGAUGCUGAGGAUGAUGCCCGAAUGCAGACACUACUUUCACCUUUCUUGCAUAGAUGCGUGGUUGAAGCUUAAUGGGUCUUGCCCUGUCUGUCGGAACUCGCCGCUGCCCACUCCACUCUCCACACCACUAUCAGAGGUCGUGCCCUUAUCUCAGUACGCCGCGGAUCGGAGGAGGAGGUGAAAUUUUGCGUGGGGUUUCUUUUCUAUUCUAUUCUAUCUGGUGUGCUUUUGGGGAUUGUAAAUUUUUCCUUCUUUUCUUGAAUAGCUAGGAACAGAGAAAUAUGGGUCAGGGUCAGGGGAGAGUAGCUGUGAUUUUGAUUGUUGAGAAAAGAACUAAUGUAUAAACAAGAUUAUUAAAUGGCUCAUAUUAGAUUGGAUUGGUUUCUUCAUAAUCUCUUCAAACAUUCUUAGCAAAAUCCUCGAUUGAUUUCCCCCUGUUUUAUUCUGUUCAAUUGGUUCUGCAAAUUGGAUUGGAUUGAAUUUCAUCUUUGUGUUUGAAUCACAUCUUAUUUUCUCUAAGAUUUUCAAUUUCAUGUAUGUACGUUGAAAUAGGGUUCUUCACCCCAUCCCUCAUUUAGCUUUUAUUAAAGGAUGCAAACGAACCCAUCUGUACUUUACUUGUCCGUUGUUAUUCUAAUUGCUUUUUCCUCUGUGCGUUAGCUUCUGAAGUUGAGUGUCACAGUAGGGAAUUAAGUCAGCAGCAUGGAGACAAAAGCUCCGGACUUUCUGCUGCUUGUCUGAAUUCACGAGCUCACCCACCCCUGAUCAAACUUCUAGAUCUUCAAUUCAUGAUUAGUAUUAGAAGAGUUGCUUGGAAAUUCUUUUUGCUAAUUUUUGAAGCAAGCUGAAGACUUUUUACUCCUUGAAACUAGCUGCUGCUGCUUUGGGAUGUGUCAUAAUUCAUUUACAGGAAGAAAGCAAGAAAGUAAACUGAGAUUCCUGAU